AUGCUGUGUAUGGAACAGACACUGCGACAAUUGAGCAAUGGGGACCUCAGAGAUGCGAUUUCGAGUGCGGCGGCAAAUGGCCAUGUGGACAUGAUAUUGUAUUUAGUACACAAGAUUGGUGAACGUGAGAAGCAAACAGCUAACGAACGAGACGGCAGCGAAGAUGAAAGUGAUGACGAUUGUGCUGACGAAGAGAUGACAGAGCGAAUUGCUGCUAAAACCCGCCAAGCGCUACAGAAUGCUGUCCAAGCAGCAGCGAUGCACGGACGAAUGAAUGUAGUGAGUUUGUUCCUGCCGCAGAUCGCAGGUUCAAGUGUAGAUGAAGUAGCACUCCGUAGACUGCACAAGACCAAGCGGAACGUUCACGAUGAAGCAGCGGCAAAUGGACAUUUGAGCGUGCGAUAA